CCGUCCCGACAUCCUCCACAGUUCUGCAGACGUUAGUCCUUCAAGACGGAAUCUAAAUAAAACAUACGAUUGUAAACUACCGAAUUAAAGACUCGUCUUGCGGUCGGUAGGCCUACACGUGUGGAAGUGAAUGAGACCCUGAGGCCCUGUGCCAUGCCAGAAGGAUCCAGAGGCUCCUUCCAUGAAGCCCCCAUGGAUGAAGACUCCCCCCGCCACUCUGCGGCCUCCAGUGGGAGUACCGAGCGCGCUCCGUCCGCCACGCCGUCGGACGGCUCCGACCCGCCGUCCGCUGCCCGCCGCCCGCUGAGCCUGGUCUCCACCCUCUCCUCCGGCUCCGCCUCCUCCAGAGACGACUGCCAAGCCCCGCCCCCCACCGGCGCCUCCAGCCCCACCCCCUCAGGCGAGGACAUUGACCUUGAGCCAAUCGAAGAUGAUGUGACGAAGGGGCGUGGCUUCGGCGGCGAGAGGAACAACAACAACAGCAACGGCUCCGCCUCCCCGGCCGGUCGGACCGCGUUCCGCCGGCAGCCCAAGGUGGCGACGGCGAGCGACGCCAUGGCGCCCAGCCCCCAGCUCAGCUACGUGGACCGCGUCGUCAUGGAGAUCAUCGAGACGGAGCGCAUGUACGUCCGAGACCUGCGCAUGAUCGUCGAGGACUACUUGGCCCACAUCAUCGACCACGCUGACCUGUCGGUGGGCCCCGAGCUGGUCUGCUCCCUGUUCGGGAACAUCGAGGACAUCUAUGAGUUCAACAGUGAGCUCCUGCAAUCACUGGACCAGUGUGACAACGACCCGGUCGCCAUCGCCAGGUGCUUCGUCAUGAAGAGUGAGUACUUUGACAUCUACACGCAGUACUGCACCAACUACCCAAACUCGGUGGCGGCGCUGACCGAGUGCAUGAGGAACAAGUCCCUGGCCAAGUUCUUCCGGGAGCGCCAGGCGUCCCUGAAGCGCUCCCUCCCGCUGGGCUCCUACCUCCUGAAGCCUGUCCAGAGGAUCCUCAAGUACCACCUCCUGCUACAGGAGAUUGCUAAGCACUCUGACCAGCAGGGGGCAGACUACGAUGUGGUGGAAGAGGCCAUCUACACCAUGACGGGCGUGGCCUGGUACAUCAACGACAUGAAGAGACGCCACGAGCACGCCGUGCGCCUGCAGGAGGUGCAGUCCCUGAUGCUCCACUGGAAGGGUCCGGACCUGACCACCUACGGGGAGCUGGUCCUGGAGGGGACCUUCAAGGUCCACCGGGCCAAGAACGAGAGGACCCUGUUCCUGUUCGACCGCAUGCUGCUCAUCACCAAGCGCCGCGGGGAGCACUACGUCUACAAGGCCAACAUCUCUUGCUCCACUCUGAUGCUGAUCGAGAGUGCCAAGGACUCUCUGAGCUUCAGUGUCACGCACUACAAACACCCCAAACAGUCCCACACUGUGCAGGCUCGUAACCUGGAGGAGAAGAAGCUGUGGUCCCACCACAUCAAACGGAUCAUCCUGGAGAACCACCAUGCCAUCAUCCCUCAGAAGGCAAAGGAAGCCAUCUUGGAAAUGGACUCAAUAUAUCCGUCUAAGUACCGCUACAGCCCCGACCGGCUGAAGAAGGCUCUGUCCGUCCAAACAGACGAUCCGCUGCCUACUAAUCGUCAGGGGCGACGCCAGUCAGAACCAAUUAAAAAAUUCUUUGAGGGCACCAAAGCUGUCCUGAAGGAUGAGGAGAUCGGAAGCAUCGCUCAGGAAGAGAACCACCAGAGACUUCCAGGUGUGGGGGAGCCACCGGCAGAGCUCCAGGCUUCUGAGCAGCAGUCAUGUCACCACAAGAACUCAGAGUCCAAGCCAACAGAUUCGUAUUCGAACACCUCUUCCAAGAUCUCUGCUUCUCCUGGAACAAAGAAGCCAGCAGCAGAGCCACCAACAGCAGAGCCACCAGCAGCAGAACCUCCACUAGCAGAACCGGCUGUGAAGGUGAAGAACCGGGAGGAAGCGUCUUCUGCCAGCCAGGACUCCGACUCAAAGACCCUGAGCAGCGAGGAGUCCUCAGAAGAGGAGGACCACGAGGAGGCCGUCAAGGGGAGGAAGGCCACCAGCAUCCUCCCCACCUCCGUCCUGAGCCGGGCCGGUGCCAUCGCUCAGCACUUCCAGGGAAGCACACGGCGGCCUAGCCAGGCCUCCGACGACGCCCUUUCCCCGAACUGCCUGUCGCCACGGUUAUCGAGUCGCACCGGCAGCAUCCACAGCCCCAGGAUCACCAGCCCGUGUUCAGACGGGCCCGAGGUGUUCCGGCCGGCCGACGCCAACAUGCUGUCGCCGCGGGACGACGACGGCGGCGUGACGGGAGGGGCCCCCCAGCGGAGGGACUCCACCCUGUCCAAACACGACCAGCUGCUCAUCGGGAAGAUCAAGAGCUACUACGAGGUGGCCGAGAGCCACGACCCGGCCUUCUGCCUGCGGCGGCGGGAGAGCCUGACCUCCAUCCCCACGGGGCUGGUCCGCAACUCCGUCAGCCACUUCAACUGCAUCCCAACGGACACACCGCAUCCCGGUGAGGGCGUCCAGGGGAAGCCCUCUUCUUCUGCCGCGGACGACGACGGCCGAGCCCCGGGAGAACCAGACUCUGGGGACCAGGGGGGCAUCCACAUGAAGGCCGUGUCCUAUCAGCAGGAGGGCACUGCGGUCAUAGUGGGCGGGAGCGUUGGCUACUCCAGUGCUCUGGUCACGGCUCCCGUGCUGCAGGAGGAGUUCAGGUCGUCGUCUGAGAUGAUCCAGAUUUGGCAGGCGAUGGAGCACGACCUGAGCAGACCCUCAGUGCGUAGGCGCGAGACCCCCAUCCAGGCAACCAGAAGCUCCAGGACGGCUGCCUCUGGUCUGACCGGGGGUCUCCCGGCAAACCCCAACUCUGACGGGGAGAAGGGAGGCUCCGACCUCGGCACCAUAGCAGAGGAAACCCCCAGCGUCUCCAAACAGAGAACCAACGGACCCGCGGGCCGAGCCGGGAGUUUACGGGAGACCUCGAAGCUGUGGGGAGAGGCGGUUCCGGUCGUGAGACCCCCGAGGGUGUUGGAGCUCAGGGGCCAGACGCAGGCUCAGUCUGUCCAGCUGGAGAAGGACUCCCAGGACGACCUGGACAGCGCUAAGAGCAAGGUGCUGAGCCUCGCGCGACAGUACAGCCAGCGCAUCAAAACCUCCAAGCCAACGGUCCGGGUGCAGGCUGCAGACCCCCGCCUGGGGAAGAGAGCUCUGGCAUCUGUGGUGGAGGAGAGCGAGACCUCAGGUAAACCCAGCCUGAGUCUCCCCCUGGUCCCGGGCCACCAGCCCCGGACCGCCCCCCGGCUGAGCCCGGUGGAGCCUGGCGCUCCGGGGCCCGACCCGGGGGCCAGGGCGCGCUCCAGGAGCCCCAACAGCCCGCCUCCCACGGAAGGCUUCUGCUGGCCCGACGUCCGGGAGUUGAGGUCCAAGUACGGCCUGUCGGACGGCCCCGCGGCCGGCCAGGUACCGGUGGGCCGCAGCAUGUCGGUCCCGGAGGGGAUGACCACGGACGGCGGGGUCAAGAGACGCUCCAGCUACACCUCCCCCCUCCCCCCCCCGGCGGAGAGAGGGGAAGGAGGAGCGGAAGGAGGGGGGGCAGAUGCCCCCCCGGAGGAGGCGGGGAGGUACAGACUGCAGAGGACAAAGUCCCUGGACCACCGGCUGAGUGGCGUCCCGCUCGGUCGUCUGGAGAAGCUUCCGGAGGAGGCGUCCAACGGCGGCUUCCACGGUUACUACAUCUCAGGGGAAGCGGGGUUACCCGGCGACGAGAGUCGGAGGGUCGUCGUGGUGGAGAAGCUGCCCGACGAGCCGGCGGUGGCGACCGGAGACGCGGCAGAAGCAGCCGGAGGGGAGGAAGGCGGGGGGAACUUUGUCCAGAUCCGCUCGCCCACCAGCAGGGAGAAGAUCUCCAUCCGGGCGGUGAUCGACCGCUGCCGGGCCUACCAGGAGACGGAGGAGUACAAACUCAGGGAGGAGGACGCCGCCAAGAUGGAGGCUGGGCUGGGCGGGGCGAGGGGCAAAGAGCCGGACAAGAGCGCCGCCGCGUCGUCGACGGAGCCGGAGGGCCAGGAGCCCGGCUCCACCCAGCAGAGCGUGGUGAAGAACCUCAGGGAAAAGUUCCAGAAGCUGAAGUGACAAAAAAAAAAGCGAGGAGUUGAUCAAUCGCUAAAAAGGCUAAAAUAAUAUUGUACAUAUAUUAUAUAUCAUAAUAAUUAUACUAGAAUACCCUGGAUGAAAACCACACUGCAGGGUUCAGUUACGGAGCGGGCCAAGAUGGUCACUACUGAACUCUCCAACCACACUGAAGCUCAGAGCACACGGCCCUGUCAGAACUACACAAGGGCAGUUCUGUCCUAUUCAAAGUAAAUACGGCCACACAACACUCACACUCUGUGUGCUUUGUGUUAUCACAAUUCUUGUGUGUGUUGUGCUACAAAUAUGUGAUGCAAAUGUAUGCUUUCUGUUCUUCUGGCUCUAAACUAAGGAGCUCUUCGACGACACAACUGUCCUCUUUUACCAAUUAACUCCUCAAAUACGUCACCUUUCAACAACAUUAAGCUUUGAGACGCAUCUCUUCCACUAAGACUUAUUUUGAUUGUUAUGUAGUCUUAAAAUUAACCCUACCACUAUGAAACAGUAAAGUUCUGUAUCGAGCCAUGUUACAAAUCAUUUGUAUAUUUCCUGUCAUCAUGUUGGACCACCAAUGUACAAUUAUAACCCCAAGAUUUGACCUGUGGUUGAACUCUUUAUUUAUAGGUGAAGGGCCAUUAGCUAGCUUUACGUUAAAGCUAACAUAAUGCUAACAUGAGUUGGUAUCAUGCUUUUCUGUUGAUCCGCUUCUCUCUGUUUAGUUUAUCAACCACACCUUCUCAACCACACCUUAUCAACAAGCGCUACGGAGUUACCAACUUGGAAAUCUAUAUGUCGGAUAGAUGUACAGUUUAAUAUACAUCACAUUGUUAUAGUAUUCAUAUUAUAUAAAUUAUAUAUAUAGAUGAUUCAAUUUUAUACACCCAUAAUAUAUUAUAUCUAUCUCAAUGUAUCUGGCUGUUUUAUGAGCUAGUCUUCAGAAACACUCAGAUGGACGUUUGCUCAAAGGCACUUCAACAGUUUAUGAUGACGUCCAACCUAUGAGCUACUUACUUUAACAUGAGGUCUACUAUGACUAACUGUAUUUAUUAUUAAACGGUUGCAUAUGAAUUAUGGUUUAUCUCGUCUUUGUUGUAGUACAUAACGUUUCUACUGUCGGAGGGAAUGUCUACAUUAAAAACAGCUUCUCACUCCGUCCUUCUGAAUGAUGGCUGUCUGUCACACACUUCUUGGGCCGAUUUAACUUGGAGUCACAUCACAUUGAUUUCAAUGUGAACAAAAGCACAGUUGUAGCCUUUAAUAACGGAUAGCAGAGCUCCUAAACGUGCAGGUAUUUACAAUAUUUUUUUUCCAAAAGGUAACAAGUGAGUUGGAUGUGAAGUUAGUAAGAUCAACUGAUCAUUUUCUUGUCCCUCGUUCAAAAAAAAGGAAAUCGGCACAUUGGCUUCCCCUGUGGCGGUUCCCCUGCUUGGCGUGAAGGUGCCUUGCAGACGGACCGAAACUCCCACUGAGGGUCUGUUGGGUCAUGAGACAUCAAGGCCUCCCCUUUUAUAUCGUCGACAAUGACGUAGAAAAGAAAAUGGCACGCGUACUCACAGGAGUGCAUGAAGAAGUUUAUUACAAAGAAUGUGAUGAGAGGAAUGAGUUUCUGUAAAUCAAAUGCCUCUGUCACUCGAGAUGAACAACAUCAUUGUACGCUCAAAGCCAUAAAAAAGAUUUAGGGUAAUGGUUACAUAGCUAGUAAAUAACGACGGUUUGGUCUGCGGUAAGAGCUUGUCUUGUUUCUCUACAGCUGUUCUGUAGCAUGCAUAUGAAGCAUAAUCAAGUAGAACACCAAUCACCUAUUAGCAGCAAGAGUUACAUCAUUACAGCAGCUGCCAAUCAGGUGCCCCGUUCCGAGCAGGUGAUCAAAUCAAUACAUUCCCAUUGGUUGAAGACAUCUAAACUUCACCAGACUGCAAAACAAAAACUAAGUCACCCAUUCAGCAAACUCGGGUCAACUGAAAGAAAGAAGUGCACGUUUGGUGAGGUAGCCCCAGCUCCUUGUGCACACCACGGCCGCUGAGCGCUACCGGCUGUUCUGUACAGUGGAUGAGCCGUGAGCUACAGCUCGCACACGCACGCACACACUCGCAGCACUCAGACACUAACACACACACAGGAUAUACACACGGUACAUACUAGAGAGGUCAGGGGUCAUUCGAAACACACACCGGAACUCCAGAUAA